AUGCUUGAAAAUCGAGCCUGGAAAGCGAUGGUGAUCCCAACCGCCCUGAUUGGACGAAGUAAAGUGGGAACAAUCUUCGGCCGCGACAAACGUUUUGCUGAACAAUGUGACUGCGGUCCACUUGCUGAAGAAUGCCCUGUAGGACAUGCAGGACCUCCAGGAGCGCCUGGAACACCGGGUGAAGACGGACCCAAAGGUGAACCGGGAAGCCCAGGCGCUCCAGGAAUUGCCAUAUUCGAUCCCAAGACCUUGACUGGGUGCAUUAGGUGCCCAAUUGGAGAACAAGGACCACCUGGGCCUGAGGGACCUCAGGGAGCCGUUGGACCAGAUGGGCAAUCAGGAACACCAGGAGCGCCCGGAAACAAUGGAUACCCAGGAAUACCAGGACCUCCCGGAGAUGCUGGAGAGCCAGGAGACCCAGGAUCAACUGGUGAACCAGGAGAUCUUGGAGAGAGUGGACAACACGGGCGGGGCGCACCUGGACCACAAGGAGCUAUUGGGAUUCCCGGCCCACCAGGGCAAAUCGGAGCAAGUGGACAACCAGGAGCGAUAGGACAGAGUGGUCCUCAAGGAUUUCCUGGAAUUGCAGGACUUGAUGGACCGCCUGGAAAACCCGGACCUCCAGGGCAAUCCGGAUGGCCCGGCUCGCUUGGAAGCGAUGCAGCCUACUGCCCGUGCCCAACUCGCACAGCCGACGUUCACAACGAACCUCACGAAUACAAUCGUAUUCACUCAAAGAUCUGA